UUAAGCUCGAUUGGGCUUGAACUUGAUUUGUGUUUGAAUUUAUUGUGUUCUUUAAUGUUAAUGUCGUGGGCUGAUUAACUCUACAAACUAGCUUAUAUGUUUUUGUUUUAUGGACUAUUUUAACAGAAAUAUAUUUUAACUACUUAAAACAAAAAUACACAUAGUAUGACAAUUGGCUAAAGGUUCAUGUUCUAAUGUUGUGAAACGUUGGUCUAUGGUUGAACACAUUUAUUGCACAUAUUAUGUUUGAAUGUAUCUAUGUUUCAGUGUUUCAUGUAAUUUUAACUUAUAGAGCUGAUUAAUGUUUGGAACUGGCUUUAUUCCUGUGCUUUGUUGCAUAUCAUACACUUAAACUUUUGGAACAAAAACAGUUAUUACUUUAUAAACAUAAAAUCAAAAUGGCGACAGGUUCUUUGUUUACUGUUGCAAAACGUUUGCGUAUGGUUGAAGACUUUCGUUGCACAAAUUGUGAAGAACAGAAUCUACAGGAAUCAGCAGACAACUAUUGUGAGGCGUGUCAGACGUUUUAUUGCAAAAGAUGUAGUCACCUUCAUAAUCGGCUUUGUAAAGAACACACUACUUUUGGAAGGGGGGAUAUGAAGAAAUGGCCUGUUUCAAAGGAGAUGGAGGACUUUGUCAAGAAGUGUGAAGAGCAUGAGGAUAAAACACUGACACAGUUUUGCAAUGAUCACAGUCAGCUGUGCUGCUCUGAUUGUGUUGUAACAAUUCACAGCCAGUGCAGAGAAGUGACCCAGAUUUCGGAGCUGACCAACUCGCAGCCCUCAGGCCUAGAGGGGCUGUCAGUGGAGCUGGAAACUGUCCUGGGGGAAAUUAAAACCCUGCAGAUCAGUCAGGAGGCCAGCAUUCAGUCAUUGCAGAGAACAUACAAUGAACAUAGGGAAGUUAUGAUAGAGCAAAUGUGUGGCAAUUUAAAUACUUAUAUAGAUAAAUGUGAUAAUAAUUCUGUGGGAACAUCAGGCGGAAAUGAGCAAUAUUUAAAAGAAGAGAUGUGUAGAAAUGUUGUUUCUAUCGUAAAUGAAUUCGAUAAUAUUACUGCGAAGGAACUUAACGAGAUGAAAGAUGAAGUUAUAAGCAUUAAAGGGUCAGUAACAAGUUCUAUUCAUAAAUGCACCAGUGUUCACAAUGACUUGUCACAAUUCCAUGAAAUUGUUGAGAUAAUUGGAGAUCAUAAGGAGCUCUGCCUUAUAGCCAGCAUAAAAUGUAAGCAUAUAAUACAGCAGGCACUGUCUCUGCUGGGAAAGUCAGGCAAGGUGUUAAAUGUCCAGAGUAAUACUAAGCACAAUGUGAGAACACCAAGAGAUUCAAAAGAAUGUCAUAUCAUAGGCAUGUGUGUUCUGACUGAUGGGCAGAUGCUGGUUGCAGACAGUGAGAAUAAGAGGUACAAGCUGCUGAACCAGCAGUACCAGGUGGUGAGUCACUGGGAUGUGACUGAUAUAAUGGACAUGUGUCAGAUCACACCCAGUGAGGUUGCAGUGGCUGUGGAUAAUGCUAUCAACACACAUAAUGUCCAGUUUAUUACAGUCACCCAGAGCCAGCUCACUCCUGGUAGGAAGCUUGAGUUACAACAUGGAUGUACAGGUAUUGCCUGUCAUCAGGGAGAACUGUUUAUCUGCUCUGGUACUGCUCUGUUCAAGUACACACUAUAUGGCAAACAGCUCUGCACUCUCUAUGAAGAUAGGUCACGUCCUAAUGCAGUAUGGAUGUGUGCUGUGAGUCCCACAGGAGACAGGCUGUACAUAACCAGCUGGAACCAGCCCAAGCUUCUCACCCUGGCCAGGGAUGGCACACUCCUGGCUACAUUGACAGACCCAGCACUAGAUGGCCCACAUGGUCUACAUGUGACCCCUGCAGGCCAGGUGCUGGUCUGUGGAUACUGGUCCCACACUGUAGUACAGGUGGGCUGGGAGGGAGAGAGUAAGCUGGCUACGCUGGCUACUCAGAAGGAUGGCAUGAGGUACCCAUUGUCAGUCUGCUACAGCAGCUCCUCAUCAUCCAUCAUUGUGGGACUGAUGGGGAGUGACCACAUCCUGGUGUUCAGAGUGGAAUAGUGUGUACAUUGGCUGCUGAGUCAGGACAAGGUUGCUGAGGAUGUGGUGGACAAGGAUGACCGGAAUACACAGAAGGUGCUUGACCAAAUACAAGAGGCCGUCCCAUCAACUCAGUCGUCAAAGUCAGUUGAGAUGGACCAGAACAAGGUAGAAACCCAGCAACAUUUUACUCACUGUGAGCAUGAGCAAUGUUAUCGAGUUGACGUGGCAACGGCACCAGUCGGACCCCCAGGAGCCUCAGUACAGGAAAACCCUUCCCCUCUCCUGAUCCCUAGCUCCUCCCCUUUGACCUCCUGCUUCAAAGCUUCAUUGAACAAUACCGGUCUGUUGGAAUAUCUGAGCAUGUUGAGUUUUCUCAAGCUGUUCUCAACAACUGCAAUGUCUGUGUUGAUUGAUCCACACUCGUGCCUGAGUAGUUAGUUAAGCUCCAGUGCCGGAGGUGGGUCAAGUAUUUCAGACACGCGGAGUUAUAGCAGUAGUUAUGGUAAUACCAACAGUCACUGAUUGUGGACUUCACAACGAAUAGUAUGAAGAAUUAAAAGUUGGAUAACUUGUUCCAUGCUUUGUUGGACUAACAGAGCAACAUCGAAUAAUGGUAGAAAAUCUAGAAACAGUUAAAGAGUUAUAGAUCGAAGCAUAAGCUUUCCACGGGGUCUACUUCUGAUUUCAAUAGUAGUAGCAUUAUGGACCAUCCUGAAUUUUCCACUUAUGCAUCCAAAAUGUUCAAAGUGAACGUGCUUUUUACGCAAUUGCUGACAAAAAAAACUUUGUUAUGAACACUCAUAGCACGAUGAAUACAUCAGGUGUGGUUCAGGCGCAAAUUCUUCCCAACAACAUUAACACGGUGCCUAAGGUGUACCGAUCAUGGUUUGUUACGAGCACUUCACACUCCAAGACAAAACAGCCUCGCAUUGAAUAGACACUUGAUAAAGCGUUGAAAAAUGACAGAAGUUUUGUUGUGUGGUCCAGUAUGCCUUUUGACUCCAACCCAACAUUAGGUAGAACUCAAACUCAGCCCUUAGCAAUCACAGCGAGGCCAGCAUGGCAUCUCACCUUCUUGACCCUCAGAGUAUCAUUAAAGCUGAAAUCCAGCAUGAAACCAGGGAGGUGAAGGCCAUCGCACAGGCCAUGUGACGACUAUUCACUCCCCACCAGCUUGUGACUUGUUCCAUGAAGGGAGCAACAACUACAACGGGGUCACCAAGACCAUGCCUCCCCGCUGAGAGAAAUGCAAUCAUUGAUGUCAUAGCCAAAACCUUUGACAAGCCUCUGGUUGAUGUUGAAGAAAAGAUGAGAGGUUGUUUAAGGCGUCUGCGGCUGAUGCACAAGUAGACUGAAGUCUUUGUAAAUAAAAUGUGCUGUUAAAAUGAUUAUUUAACCAUUGUUUUAACUUGUUAUAUUGAUUUGCACCUGUUUCAACAACAUUAACUUAUUUUUAUGCUCCCGGUAGGGUCUCAUAUAACUGUCCGUCUGUCUGUCUAUCCGUCCGAAAACUUUAGCAUUGGUCAUAACUUUUGCAAUAUUGAAGAAAGCAACUUGAUAUUUUGCAUGCAUGUGUAUCUCAUUGAGCUGCACAUUUUGAGUGGUGCAGGGUCAAGGUCAUCCUUCAAGGUCAGAGGUCAAAAUCCAAUGGAAGUAAUAAGCUUUAAAGAGAGAUAAUUUCUAUACCUGCCAAAUGAUAAAUAGAAAUUUUAUUUCAAAACGGCGCAGUAGGGGGCAUUGUGUUUCUGACAAACACAUCUCUUGUUUGUACUUAUUCCAUACAAUCUUCCUUUUUUCAGUUCUUUCUUUGUGUUCAAUGUUAUGUUAUAACACUAUUAUAUUUUAUUAUAACAAUGCCAUGUCUGUCAAAAUAGUUUUAUCAUG